AUGGACCCGGACAGGUCGCAAUUUUCUCCAUUCGUGGAUCCUAUAACGCCAGUAGGGAGCGUCACUCCGUAUACCUAUGGUUCUGGACCGAGUUCCGACAGAGGUUCCUCAUCGGCGCUUCCCAGCAUACUGAGCCCUCAACAACGAUAUUUCCAUUCACGACGGGUGCCAAAGGGAACAGUAGAGAAACCUUGGCUGGAUAAGAGGGAUCCGAAAGAAAAAUGGGUAACAAUUUUCCCAUUAGUUGGGAUUUUUAUCGGUUUGGCGGUAUCAGGGUAUCUUGUGUACGAUGGAUACACGUCUGUCAUUCAGCAUAAAUAUUGUCCGGUUUACAUGGAGGAUUUUCAGAAUGGCUUCAACACCGAUGUUUGGACGCGAGAGGUCGAAGUCGGUGGAUAUGGGAAUGGUCAAUUCGAAUACACCACCAAUACAGACGAGAACUCGUAUGUUAAGGAUGGGAAGCUCUAUAUUAAGCCAACAUUACAAGAUGAAAGACUCAUAGUUCAGGAAAAUACCAUCAAUCUAAUCAAACAGGGGAUUUGUACUUCUGACAUCCCUAAGAACUGCAUCACAUCGACAAACAGCACCAACGGAACAAUCGUCAACCCUGUCAAAUCUGCACGUAUCAACACCAAGAAAUCGUUCAGUAUAAAAUACGGCCGUGUCGAGGUAAAUGCCAAACUUCCACUCGGGAAAUGGCUGUGGCCCGCCAUUUGGAUGUUACCCGUCGAGGACAUCUACGGAUCUUGGCCUCGCUCUGGUGAAAUUGAUAUCAUGGAAAGUCGAGGCAACGACUAUCGAUACCCGCAAGGCGGGAACGAUAUCGUUUCUUCGGCUCUUCAUUGGGGCCCCGACAGUGCUCACGAUGCAUGGUGGAUGACAAACGUCAAACAUCGUGCCCUUCACACCACAUACGCCUCGGGUUUCAAUACUUUCGGAAUCGAGUGGUCGGAAAAAUAUAUAUUCACCUAUGUAAAUUCUCGGUUAUUGCAGGUAUUAUACACCAAGUUCGACCCGAAGGGUCUCUGGGAGCGAGGAAACUUUCCACUCAGCAGUGCAAAUGGAACACGAUACGCCAACCCGUGGGCGAUGAGCAAAAGCCCAGGCGCUCCUUUUGAUCAAAGGUUUUACCUUAUUCUCAAUGUCGCUGUCGGGGGUACCAAUGGUUGGUUCGAAGACGGAGUUGAUGAAAAACCCUGGGUCGACGCUAGUUCCAACGCGAAGAAGGACUUUUGGAAUUCACGAUAUAUCUGGGCAGCCGAUUGGGACAAAAAUGACAACCACGCCAUGGUCGUGGAUAGCAUUAAGAUGUGGCAGGAAUGCGACUGA